GCCAACUUUUUUUAGUAACGCGAAUGGCCAAAUAAACUGCAUCUCUUUUUGUCAACAAACAUGUCGCUGAUUAAAAAUUUGGUUAAAGAAACGGAAAACAAGCCGCGAAAGAAAAAAAAGAAUGGAGACUCAGACGGCAGUGAUUCUGGGGAAAAAGAAAAGCCAGUGGGACCGUUUCUCAAAUCAGCGACAGACCUGCAACGGCUAAAACUAGAAAAGCUGAUGAAAAAUCCUGAGAAGCCAGUUAUCAUACCAGAGCAACGACGUGAACGGGACUACAUGUCCUCGGUACCCACGUUUGUACGGAAUGUGAUGGGUAGCAGUGCUGGCGCCGGAUCCGGAGAGUUUCACGUCUAUCGCCAUUUGCGACGCAAGGAAUACGCGCGCCAGAAGAAUAUACAAAACCAGAGUUUACGCGAGGCCGCCGACGAUGCCUUUCAACAGAAAUUAGAUGAUAAUAAGCGACUUGCCGAGGAGCGCACAGCCAAGAAGCGUGCAAAGCGUUUAAAGAAGAAGCAGCGUGCCAAACGACCCCGUGAACAAAAGUCCAAUGGAGAUACGAAGCCAGAGAGUGAGUCCAGUGGAAGUGCAUCGGAGGCAGAACCAGAGAAAACAGCUGCACCUGACAUUGUGGAAAGCAAAGAUAAGGAGACAGAAGAUGAAAAGACAGAUCCGCCAGCAACAAAUGCGGAACCUGCAACUGAAACUGAUGCAGUGCAGCAAGAAUCUUGACUUAAUUCAUUUAAUCUUUCAGCAAAUGAAAAUAAAUAUAGCUUAUGGUUUAUUAGUGAAACAA